AUGGGGGCGAAAUCGAGUUCUAGAUGUUGUUGUUGUAGCUGGUUCAUCGGAAUCAUCGUUUUAAUCGCUGUAAUUCUCGCCGUCGUUUUCACGUUCAGGCAUAAAGCAAACCAUUCCGAUGACGGAGAUAAUAUCGCUCCCGGAUCCAUCGAUAAGAAAUACGCAGACGCUCUCAAAAUCGCUAUGCAGUUCUUCGAUAUCCAGAAAUCUGGUAAGUUGGUAAACAACAAGAUAUCAUGGAGAGGAGAUUCAGGUCUUAAAGAUGGAAGCGAAGCGAGCCUCGACCUUUCGAAAGGUUUAUACGAUGCAGGAGAUCACAUGAAGUUUGGUUUCCCAAUGGCUUUCACUGCCACUGUUCUCUCCUGGUCGAUUCUCGAGUACGGCGAUCAAAUGGAUUCCGUUAAACUAUUGGAUCCUGCUAAAGAAUCUCUCAAAUGGACCACUGAUUUCCUAAUCAAUGCUCACCCUUCUCAAAAUGUCCUCUAUAUCCAGGUAGGAGAUCCGGAGACGGAUCAUAAAUGUUGGGAUAGGCCAGAGACAAUGUCGAGGAAUAGAACGCUUACGAAAAUCGAUACAGAGACACCAGGGAGUGAGGUUGCUGCAGAAACAGCAGCAGCUAUGGCUGCAGCAUCUUUAGUCUUUAAAGAAAGUGAUCCAAAAUAUUCAAGCACGCUUCUGAAACACGCGAAGCAGUUGUUCGAUUUUGCAGACGAUAACCGAGGAUCUUACAGUGUCAACAUACCUGAGGUUCAGAAGUAUUACAACUCGACGGGGUAUGGCGAUGAGCUCCUUUGGGCAGCUUCGUGGUUGUACCAUGCGACUGAGGACAAAACGUACCUCGACUUCGUGUCGAAAAACGGAGAUGAGUUUGGAAAUUUUGGAAGUCCAUCAUGGUUUAGUUGGGACAACAAGCUUCCAGGAACACAUGUACUGUUAUCAAGAUUAACUUUCUUCAAAAAAGGUUUAUCAGGAAGCAAAGGACUCCAAGGUUAUAAAGAAACAGCAGAAACUGUCAUGUGUGGACUUAUACCGAACUCCCCAACAGCUACAGAGAGUAGAACUGAGGGUGGUCUUAUAUGGGUUAGUAAAUGGAAUGCACUGCAACACCCUGUGUCCUCAGCAUUUUUAGCUACACUCUACAGUGAUUACAUGCUCACCUCCGGUAUCGAGAAACUAUCUUGUAGUGACCAGGACUUCAAACCUUCAGAUCUCAGAAAAUUCGCCAAAUCACAGGCUGAUUACAUGCUAGGGAAGAAUCCAGAGAAAAUGAGCUAUUUGGUGGGUUAUGGAGAGAAAUAUCCAGAAUUUGUGCAUCAUAGAGGAGCUUCGAUCCCAGGUGAUGCAAACGUAGGAUGCAAAGAUGGAUUCAAGUGGCUAAACUCGGAGGAACCAAACCCGAACGUAGCUUAUGGUGCACUGGUUGGUGGACCGUUUAUGAACGAGACGUUUAUAGACGCAAGGAACAAUUCUAUGCAAAAUGAGCCAAGUACUUAUAACAGUGCUCUUGUCGUUGGUCUCUUGUCUAGUUUGGUUACUACUCUCCACUCUUCGUCGUCUUCUUCCUCUCGACAUGUUCGACCAAAUCUCACCUUCACUGGUCACUCUCUACUCCCUUUUUUCCCGGAGCUAUUUCCACCGAGAUCCAUGUCUCUUCUGAUCAGAUCCUCCCACGUUUCUUCUCACUUCAAUCUCUUCCAACCUAGAAACUCAAAAUCACCCUCUCGAAUCUCGUCCAGAUUAGUGUUCGUAUCUUCUUUCAAUCACAACCCGUUAAUCAAAUUGGUGUAUAAACGCAACCCAACAAUGCAAUCUGUCUCUAUGUAUUCUUCGAUGACUGUUAAGAGCUCAUUGAUUGAUCCAGACGGUGGGGAAUUGGUGGAAUUAGUGGUACCGGAAUCGGAGAUUGGGUCGAAGAAAGCGGAAUCAGAGGCGAUGCCGAAAGUGAAGCUGACGAAGAUUGAUCUGGAGUGGGUACACGUGAUUAGCGAAGGUUGGGCUAGUCCUUUAAAAGGGUUCAUGAGAGAAGACGAGUAUCUGCAAAGUUUGCAUUUCAAUUCUCUUAGGUUAAAAGAUGGUACUCUUGUCAACAUGUCGCUUCCUAUUGUUCUUGCCAUUGAUGAUGAGACCAAAGAACAGAUCGGAUUAUCCCAGAAUGUUGCUCUUGUUAGCCCUCAAGGAGCUAUAAUCGGUUCUCUACGAAGUGUAGAGGUAUACAAACACAACAAGGAAGAAAGGAUUGCUCGAACUUGGGGAACAACUUCUCCAGGAUUGCCUUAUGUGGAAGAACACAUUACUCCAUCUGGAAACUGGCUGAUUGGUGGUGAUUUAGAAGUUUUCCAGCCGAUUAUGUAUAACGACGGGCUUGAUCAUUACAGGCUUUCUCCUAAACAGCUUAGGAAAGAAUUCGAUAAUCGUCAAGCGGAUGCUGUUUUUGCGUUUCAGUUAAGGAACCCUGUGCACAAUGGCCAUGCUCUGUUGAUGAAUGAUACCCGAAAAAGGCUUUUGGAAAUGGGUUAUAAGAAUCCUAUUCUCUUGCUUCACCCUUUAGGAGGUUUCACAAAAGCUGAUGAUGUUCCCCUUGAUGUUCGAAUGGAACAACAUAGCAAGGUUCUUGAAGAUGGAGUUCUUGACCCGAAGACUACUAUUGUCUCGAUAUUUCCAUCACCGAUGCACUAUGCUGGUCCAACUGAAGUUCAAUGGCACGCCAAGGCUAGGAUUAACGCUGGUGCUAAUUUCUACAUUGUAGGUCGUGAUCCUGCAGGAAUGGGACAUCCUACUGAGAAGAGAGAUCUAUAUGAUCCUGAUCAUGGAAAGAGAGUCUUAAGCAUGGCCCCUGGACUUGAGAAACUAAAUAUUCUUCCAUUUAGGGUUGCAGCUUACGACACAAUAGAGAAGAAGAUGGCGUUUUUCGAUCCCUCUCGUGCAAAAGAAUUUCUUUUCAUUUCUGGAACAAAGAUGCGAACAUAUGCAAGAACAGGGGAGAAUCCUCCAGAUGGGUUUAUGUGUCCGACUGGAUGGAAUGUUCUUGUCAAAUACUAUAAGAGCUUGCAAGAAAGUGAAGAAUCAUCGAAACAACAAGCCGUUGUUUCAGCUUAA